ACCCGACUAUCCUCGAUCUCUUUUCACGGCCCUUCGCUGCCGAACUGACCAUCUGCCGAUUUUGCGGCUUAAAAAUCCGUCGUCAUCUUCGACUAGACGGAACCAAGAAUCAUGACCAUGAACGAAAAAGUGAUAAUGAAGGGUACCCUGAAGGGUCACAGUGGAUGGGUGACCCAAAUCGCUACCACUCCGGCGUUUCCGGACAUUAUUUUGUCUUCAUCCAGAGACAAGUCCGUGAUCAUGUGGAAGCUGACUCGCGACGAGAACAACUACGGCGUGCCCACCAAACGUCUGAAGGGCCACAGUCACUUCGUCUCGGACAUCGUGAUGUCGUCCGACGGACAGUUCGCUCUCUCCUGCUCGUGGGACAAGACGCUUCGCCUGUGGGAUCUCGGAACGGGGAAAUCGACACGGACCUUCGUCGGUCACACCAAGGACGUACUGAGCGUGGCGUUCUCCCAGGACAACCGACAAAUCGUCUCCGGCUCCAGGGACAAGACCAUCAAGCUGUGGAACACCCUGGGAGUUUGCAAGUACACCAUUCAGGAUGACUCCCAUAAAGACUGGGUGUCCUGCGUUCGUUUCUCCCCCAACCAAGUCAAUCCGAUCAUCGUCUCUGCAAGCAGCGACAAGGUUGUCAAGGUGUGGAAUCUGACCAAUUGCCGACUGAAGACCAACCACUACGGACACACUGGCUUCCUGAACUGUGUCACGGUGUCUCCUGAUGGUUCUCUGUGUGCAUCUGGAGGAAGGGACGGCCAGGCCAUGCUGUGGGACUUGAACGAGGGCAAGCAUCUAUACACACUGGAUGGAGCGGACGAGAUCAACGCACUGUGCUUCAGCCCUAACCGCUACUGGCUAUGCGCUGCUACGGGACCCUCUAUCAAGAUCUGGGAUUUGGAAGAGAAGUGCAUCGUGGACGAACUGAAACUGGAGGUGAUCAACCCCAACUCCAAGUCCCCCCAACUGAGCUGUCUGUGCAUGGCCUGGUCGGCCGACGGCCAAACGCUCUUCGCCGGCUACACUGACAACAUCAUCCGCGUCUGGCAGGUCUACCAACUCAAGCAGUAGAGCGCCCCCUACAUGUUUGAAUCGUGACCGCAUCGCACCACCUGUGGCAUGACAAACUUUAUGUUUUCGCAGUCAAAGAUUAUGGAUCAGAUAAUUUGGAAUAAAAAGUGUUUUCUUUCAAAAUUACUCAUGUUUCACAGUUUACUAUACUCUAGGUGUCUGGUGACUAUUCUAUAAUAUGGUAUCUCUAUUGUACUUAAUCUGAUACUGAGUGCUACUCAUGUUCUGGGGCCAUACCUGCUGGAACAUGGAUACUUGUUUCCUGUCCAGUGCGAUACCGUGUACAGACUCAACUUAUCAAUGAUCCGGGGCCAGUAUAAUGAGGCAUCUGGACUAAGGCCUUGACCAUGGAUAUUCCUUAGGGAUGCAUGGAAUAUGGAAUUCUUAAAUAUUUCUUCACACAAAUAUUUUAAAAUGUGUACCAUUAUUUAGCUUAAAAUGUGAAAUUCAGUCCAUCACACUAUUAAAAAACCCAUAUCUUCUGUAAUCUUUGACUGUGAAUAUUGCAAAAUUACAACGCAAAUCAACUGGCCAGAAAAAAAAAUUAACAUCUUUCUAAACUUCAGGAUGUUUUAGAAUUCGUCUGACGGCUGUGUAAAAGCGAAUGCCAAACAUUGAAAGAUUGUAUAAAAAUGCAAAAAAAGUAUCUUGGAUUUUCCAAGAAUAAAAAAAAAUAUGAAACCUAGAAAA